CUCCCUAUGCAUACAUACAUACAUACAUACAUACAUUCACUCUCUGUUCACUGUGUCUUUGUGUGUGUGUUUUAAGUAGCAGUGCUAACAAAUUUGGUCAAAGUUUAUUUGACUUUUUGCUGGUUUCAGUUGUGGUGAGCUACAGCCUACAAGAAUUUUGUUAUUUUAUUUUCAACGGUUGGUAGGGAUGGAGGGAGGAAUAAAUCCUGAUGCAAUACUUGAUUUUGUUGAAUUUCAUAUACAUUCAAACCAAAACAGAUAUGAGGCCAAUGUAUGGAGUAACAAUAUAGAGGAGAAUGUAGUAUCCGGGCCCUUGGAUCUAAUGCUAUUACAUUUGCCUGAAAUUAAAAAUCUGUCCUCUAAAGGCUCUAGCACAAAGUUGAAGGUUUUGCCACCCGAGAGUGUAAAUGAUGUCAGCUGGUUUACAACAACCACACUGUUAAGAUUUUUGCGCAUUAUUGGUUUGCCAGACAUCCUUACUGCUGGGAAUGAAAUUUCCCAAUUAGAGGAGACCAGAAAAUUUCAAUUCUCAUUAUCUGAUAAGGCUGAAGUGGAUAUAACAACAUCAGUCGAGUCGAAAAAUGAACUACUGCAAGCAGUCGAUUUGAGAUUGGCAGCAUUGAAAGAGGAACUAGCUGAUGUGAUUAAUCAGGCUAUUGGUUCCAAAAGCUCACCUAAGGAUAUAUCUGACUUGGCAAACUUCGCUUUUCAUUUCGGAGCCAAGGAUUUGAGGGACAUCUUGCAGAAGCUUUCAGAGAUUGAAAGACAUAGCUCAACAGAAGAUGAAGAUUCACGCUUUUCUAGUGAGGAAGAUCAACCAUCUGUUGAAAGAAGUCGAGGUCUUACAAGAUCUGCGAUGCCUAGAAGGUCUGCAUCUCCAAUGAGAAGAAUCCAGAUUGGGCGAUCUGGUUCUCGAAGAGCAGCUGCACUAAAUAUCAAGAGUCUCAACGUAUUUCCAAAGUCCGCAUCCCAGAGAGAUGCAGCUGGUAACAUUAGUGAAGACGAAGAUUCACAAAGACCCCCUAAGAGCAAUGCACUAAAAAUGAGCGUGCAAGAUAAGAUCAGUCUAUUUGAAAGUAAACAAAAAGACCAAGGUAUAGACACUCAGAAGACAAAACCAACUGUUGGUGCAAACAAAGCUAUACUUAAACGAUGGAUUACAGGAUCAGGUACUAGCACUGGCAAUUCUUCUCCGAGCAGCUCUAAAAAUCUAGCGUCAGAGGACAAGACAGAAUCUGAUCGUACUAUUAACAAAACUGAAACUUGUGCCGAGACCUUAGAAAACAUCUCACCCUUGCCUGAAAAGGGAACAUCUCAUCAAUUAGGGCUGGAAGCCGGAACAGUUGAAUCUGAAAGAGAUUGGAGUGAAGAAAAGGAAGCUGCAUUGGACGAUCCCACGAAACUAAUGGACAGCAAGCCAGUUAGACAUCAAAAUGCGAAUAUUGUUGAUCACAAAGGUAUGGAUCCGAAAGAGCAGAAGGGUGGAUUAUAUGAGCUAUAUAAGCAUAAGAGAGAAGAACCUCAAUUUAAAGAGACACAUAAACCUAUUGACGAGAAAAAAGGCAAGAUGGCUGCCAACAAAGUGAGUGGUGUUAGUAGAAGACAGAAUGAACUUCAAAAAUCUCAAAAGAACUCAACUCAGUUGCUAGAUUCUAGAACCACAAAAGCUUCUGCUGUGAAGAAAUCUUCAUUAAAAUCGUCUCCUUUGCCUGCUUCACGUAAAUCAUGGCCUUCAACACCUUCACCACAAGCUUCAGGAGCAUCACCUGCUAGGACUCCAUCCCGUCCCACUUCUACUAGUUCUACACCAACAAAUCGAAAACCUCACCCUACUGGAAAAAUGGAAAAGUUACAACCCCAAUUGAGGACUCCGAAGGCAACACAGCCAAAUGCUACCAAGCGAACUAACACUAUAAAUCAGAAGAAGAAGCAGCCUAUAGGGGCAGAAAACAAAAAGAUUACGAAAACCAACGUUCCCAUUCCUAAGGAAGAUGUUGAUGCUACUGCCACUGCUAAACCCAGUUUUUAUAAUAAAGUGACCAGGAAAAACAGUGUAGUUCCAUUGGAAACAAAGCCGUUUCUUCGUAAGGGUUCUGGGAUCGGGCGUGGUCCUGGUCCAGCUGUUAACAAGACAAAAGUUGUGGGCCAGAAAACCGAGGAUAAUGUGGUCACAAGGAUUGGUACAACCAGUCAAAAUAAGGAGACGGAACUCGAACUGUCAGAAAACAGUCCUAAUAUAGAUUUGGAACCCCAAGUGGUUAGACAUAGCCCCACAAAAUGUGAGGAAUCAGAGAGAAAUUGCAGUAGUGUCGUCGGCCCAAGGGAAACAGAAUGGGUGGUAAGUGAUAUCAAUAUUACUAUGGAAGAAGAAGUAGUAAUUUCCCCAACUGCGUGGGUGGUAAGCGAAGAGAUUGAUCAGGAUGAGAUUAUUCCAUGCAAAGAAAGCCUGGUAAAUGUUUCAUCACCAGCCAGUGUCACUCCACCAGCUGGAUUUUCUCAUCCACGUGUUCGUCACUCUUUAUCUCAAAUGUUUUCCGAGGACAGCAACAAAGCUGAUAUAGGUGAGUGGGGAAAUGCUGAGCACCAUUCUACCUUGAUCUAUCAAAAAGAUGCACCGAGAGGAUUAAAAAGACUUUUGAAGUUUUCACGGAAAGCUAAAGCUGACUUGCAUGUAACUGCCUGGUCCAACAGUCCAUCAACAUUUUCUGAAGGAGAGGAUGAUGCUGAUGAACCUAAAGGUCUAUCAAAUUUUAGCAGAUUUAAUGAGCAGAAUCAUGUCUCUGCAUCCAUGAAUACAACCAAAGCAACAAGGUCAUUCUUCUCUCUUUCAGCAUUCAGGGCCAACAAGAUGAAGGAGACCAAGGUUCUUCAUCAUUAAAAGAGAGUCCAAGAAAGUACUGGAACUGUAAAUUAGACAUUUGACCUUACCCUGUAGAGGUGAACUUCAUCGGUUUUAAGUAGAUAUAUUCAUCCAUUAAAGACCAGGAAAUGAUCCAUUUUUAUUCAGACGUUGCAUGUUAAUUUCUUGCUACAAGUCAUUAGCGGGUGGAGUCCUUCUCAAAGUGCCUAUUGCACAAAUCGUUUGGGAUAGAAGGCAAGUGUGCCCAGUAAUGUAUAAAGACAACUAUUGAUAUUUAGAAGGCAAGUGUGCCCAGCUGUUAAACUCAAAGUAUUUUUUUUUUAUUUAUAAAUUUAUUAAUAUUAGCAGAUUGGAAAGCUUUAAAGACUGAAUAUUGUGGUUUUGUAUGUACAUGUACAACAAUAUGUUUGCUGUAUGAAGUUAGAUUGUGCUUUUUGACUU